GAAAAGUGUCUACCCCGUGUACGGCAAUGCUGUUGCACCGUUUAUCAACCUCAGUCAGCAUUUCACCAUUCUUCAGAGAACAUUUUUGUGGAAAUGAAGACCUUCUGUGGACGAGCGAACCCUACCACGGGUGCUUUGGACUGGGUGGAGGAGGGGGAGGAAUACGACUUUCACCAAGAGAUUGCCAGGUCUUGUUAUGCGGAUAUGUUGCAUGAUCAUGAUAGGAAUGAGAAGUAUUACCAGGGUAUCCGAGCUGCUGUGGCCAGAGUCAAGGCACGGGGUGAGAAAGUAAUUGUUCUGGACAUUGGAACGGGUACAGGCCUGCUCUCCAUGAUGGCUCUUACUGCUGGGGCUGACUUUUGCUAUGCCGUAGAGGUGUUCAAGCCCAUGGCUGAUGCAGCUCAGUGUAUUGUAGAGAAGAAUGGCUUCUCAGAUAAGAUCAAGAUAAUAAACAAACACUCUACUGAAGUCACUGUAGGGCCAGAUGGAGACAUGCAAAUGAGAGCCAACAUCCUUGUCACAGAACUGUUUGAUACUGAACUGAUAGGAGAGGGAGCUCUACCCAGCUAUGAACACGCCCACCAGAAUCUGGUCCAGGAGGGCUGCGAGGCAGUGCCCCACCGGGCCAUAGUGUAUGCCCAGCUGGUGGAAUCGGAGCUGCUAUGGAGCUGGGCCAAACUGCAGCACAUCGAGGUGGAGGGGGCCAGGCUGGUACCUCCACCUGCAGUUGACCUCUGUGCGGGAGCCCACUCCGUCUGUGAUAUACAGCUGAGUCAGGUUCCCCCUCACAACUUCACUCCCAUUGGCCCCGUCUGUACCAUGUUCAGUGUGGACUUCAGUAAGCCGGUGAGCAGCGCCCACCAAACCCACUCUUCUCAUUUCUUGGCUCAGUUCAGCGGGCAGGCCCAGGUGGUCCUUUCCUGGUGGGACAUCGACAUGGACCCCAGCGGAAGUAUCGUCUGCAGCAUGGCUCCGAACUGGACCUACCCAGAACCCAAAAUGGCUCCCUGGCGUGACCAUUGGAUGCAGAGUGUCUACUUCCUGCCUGCUGAGAAAAGGGUGGCAGAGGGAGAGGAGCUAAGUCUGACAGUCUGCCAUGACGACUACAGCCUUUGGUACAGUCUUGGGGCAGACAGCAAACAGGGCACAGAGACCGAGGCCUUACCUUGUCGGCCAUGUUGCACCUGCCAGGCCCACCUAGUGUGGACACGGCCACGCUUUGGGGAGCUCAACGACAGUCAUCGCACAGAGACCUACGUCAGUGCAUUACGUAGUGUUUUGAAGGCAGACAGUGUGUGUCUAGGGGUCAGUGAUGGAAGCCUGCUGCCUGUCUUUGCUCAUAUGCUCGGAGCCAAAAAGGUUUUCAGUUUGGAGAAUUCCAGAAUGUCUAAGCAGGUUAUUGAAGAGGUGUUAGAGGCAAACUCCAUGAAAGGACAUGUUCAACUUCUGGAAAUCAGGCCUGACCAGCUGACUUGCAAUGACUUGGGAGGAGAACAGAUCUCAGUCCUGAUGGGUGAACCCUUCUUCAGCUCCAGCCUAUUGCCCUGGCACUCGCUCUUCUUUUGGUAUUGUCGAACAGCCCUGGUCAACCUGCUGCAGCCCAGCGCAACCAUAAUGCCUCACUCGGCCACCCUUCAUAUGGUGGCGGUGGAAUUUCAAGAUCUGUGGCGGAUACGAGCACCAUGUGGAACAUGUGAAGGCUUUGAUGUCCAACCCAUGGAUGAGAUGGUCCAGCGAUCCCUGGAUUUCCGUGAGGCUCUUGAGCCAGAGCCCCACCCUCUGUGGGAGUACCCCUGCAGGGCUUUGACCCAAGCUAAAGCUGUCAUGAAUUUCGACUUCACACAGUGUGUCCCUCAACAGCCAAUCAGCAGUCGGGGCUUGCUUCCCUUCUUAAGGAGUGGCAAUUGUCAUGGCGUUGCACUAUGGAUGGAGUACCAGCUGACCGAAGACAUCAGUGUCAGCAUGGGUCUGACGGGACCAGUCAAUGGACAGGGUGCCUGUGAGUGGAGUCGUCACAGGAAGCAAGGAGUGUACUUCUUCAGUUCACCAUGGGAGAGCUCAGGGGACGGAAGAGCGUCGGUGUCUUAUAACCUCACCUUCGAACCCAGUUUAGGAGACAUAAAGAUGGAGUUCACCCUCGAGUCACUGUAAUCUGAGAGAAAC